GUCGAAACGGAACAAAUAGUACACGACACCUCAUAUGCAUUUCUUCGCCAUGGACGUGUUUCAUCAUAUGUACAAAUGCGUGGUUCUGUACCGUUAUUCUGGUCACAAGAGUCAUCUAAAGUUGUUGUCGGCAGACCACCUUUAGAAAUUCUACGUGAUGAUCCGUUUUAUGAAUCGAUGGGUUUACAUUUUGCCAGUUUACUUGAACGUCAUGGAUCUCCAGUUAUUGUACUUAAUUUAAUGAAAAAACGAGAGAAAAGACAUUUCGAAACAAUUUUAUCUGAUGGAUUUGAACGUGGAAUUAUCUAUUUAAGUCAAUUUUUACCUUCUAGAAUUCCUCAACCAUCUGAUUCAUUAAGUACACUAUUUACUGAAACAAUUGAUAGUAGUCCACCUAUUAUGUACAUUGGAUUCGACAUUGCUCGUGUACAAAAAAUGAAACGUACAGUUGUUCUUGAUAAAUUACAGCCUAUAAUAGAUAAUUGUGUACGUCGUACUGGAAUAUUCUUUUCAUCUUCGGCUUCUUUACCAAUUUCAGAAAUUCAAUUUGAAAAACAUAGAACAAUUGGUUUUAACUCUAAACAAUGUGGAAUAAUUCGAGUAAAUUGUGUUGAUUGUUUGGAUCGAACUAACACUGCACAGUUUGUUAUCGGUCGAGUUGUUUUAGCUUAUCAAUUAUAUGGAUUAGGCUUUUUAGCUGAACCCGAUUUUAUGGAUAAUUCACAAAUUGAUCGAUUACUACAGGAUUUAUACGAUGAACAUGGAGAUACAUUAGCUUUACAAUAUGGUGGUAGUCAAUUAGUGCACAAUAUAAAUACUUAUCGUAAAACAAAAAAACUAUCAAGUCAUUCUCGUGAUUUUGUUCAAACAUUGUCUCGAUAUUAUUCUAAUAAAUUUUCUGAUUGGGAAAAACAAUGUGCAAUAAGUUUAUUUUUACGUAUUUAUCGUCCUAAUCUAUGGUCUGGUACAUUAUAUGAUUUUAUAAAAAAUCAUCUCAUUCCAAGGUAUUCAAUAAAAGAAACGGAAACACUCAAAUCAGUUAAUUAUUCCUCUGAUAAACUAGCUAUUUUUCAUUCAGAUACAGAUCAAAUUCUAGCUAGUGUCGCUGCUUCAUUAUCUGGUUGUAUCUGGGAUUUGGGCAGUGAUGCUUAUUUACAUUGGUUAGAUGCUUGGGCACGUUUACCAACUAGUCGUUAUUCACUAACUGAUUGGUGCUCAUGUGAUCUUUUGCAAUGUUUACCUAGAGGAAAGUGUAUAACACAAAAAUCAAGUCUUUAUAAUAAGCGAUGCCUUGUAUUACCAUCAGAUGAUAUCAGAGUAGAUUGGUUCAAUGAAUUUUAUGAAUUAACAUCUUAUGUCAUUUUAAAACGUUUCGCAAAUCCAGAUAUCAUCCGAUCAACUGAACUUACUGUUGAACAUCCUUCAGGUGUUUAUGUAGUGCAACAGUCAUAUCCAAAUUUACAAAUCCAUGAUCAGACACAUUCACUUCAUAAUAACAAUAAUGUUGUUCUAAAGAAUAUGUCUGUUCCUGAAAAACCUCAAUUUAGUAGUUUCAAUUAUCCUACAUUAUCAAAUAUUUAUAUGAAUUUAGGUCGUUCACUAUCUGGUACACAUUCAUUUCCUAAUUUUGUUGAUUUGUCACAUUUCGACUGGGUUAUUAAACAAAAUAAUCUUUUGCCUAAAAUGACAUCUAAAGAUAUUAACAAUUCCAAUGAAAUAUUUCAUUAUUCAAGAAUUAGUAAUGUUGAAUUGAAUACAACAAAACAGGCGAAAAAAGUCAAUGAUCAACAACAAUUGUCAAUCAGUAAUAAUGUUGAUAAGCAGAAAGAUAAACAACACCAGAAACAACAACAACAACAAGGAAAAACUGUUGCUGACGAUGACGGUGAUGAUGAUGAUGAUGAUGAAGAUGAGUCUAGUUCAGAUAGUAAUUAUGAAGAGUCAAUAGAUAACUGUAUUGAUUUCUUUCCACCUGAUCUAAAUCUAUUCCAAUCACCACUUGAUUCAGACCUAUCAUUAUUAAUACAGUCAAAACGUGUACCUGACAAAUAUUCUGAUUAUAAAGGAUACUCUGUAAGUUAUCCGUAUACUUUCAACUCGGUGAAACGUCAAAAACGCAAACAAACAAUAGUAGGCCAACUUGUAAAAUCCAAAGAAGAUUCGGAAUCAAUCAAUUUAAAUCGUGUAUCAUCAUCUGAAAUCACAUUAAGUUUACCAAAUAAACAAAUCUAUGAAGAUUAUCUUCGUACAGAUUUUACCAAACAAUCAAUACAAACGGUUGAUAAUGAUUAUUUUAAUAAAUUUGCUCAUAUUAACACUUUAUCAUCAUCAUCAUGCUCAUCCUCAUCUCCAUUGACUGUAGAUAAGAAUUCAAUGGAUAUUUAUAAUAAUUAUGUUCAAAUGAAUAAUAUUGGCUUAUGUAAUAUAUCCAAAUCGAGUAUGAAUAUCUAUAAUGCAACAGCUUAUUUAACAUCACAAUUGUUAUAUUAA